AUGAGCAACGUGGUAACCCUUAAUUGCGAAACUGCUACGAAAGGAUACAAAGAUGUGCUGUUGUCUACUGCGGUUGUGAAUAUUCUUGACGAACAUGGCAACGCAAGGCUGUGUCGUAUUCUACUUGACUCCGGUUCACAACUCCAUCUUAUUACAGAAGCAAUGGCAGCACUCCUUGGGAUUCAACGCGAGAAGUGUGCAACCAGCUUAGUCGGAGUCAACGGCAAGGAGACCCAAAUCAAGCACCAAGUGACGGUGGUGCUUCAAUCUAGAUCUACAAGUUACCGUACCACCAUCGAAUGCUUAGUUGUGCCGAGGAUCACAGGCAUACUUCCGGCUCAGAAACUCAACACUUCGGAAAUAGCGAUUCCCGAUCACAUUCGUCUGGCAGAUCCGGAAUUCUAUAAGCCUCAACGAAUCGAUCUUUUGAUUGGUUCCGAGCUUUUCUACAGUAUCAUAAUGACCAACCGUGUCGAACUGGGGCCCGGGCGUCCAAUCCUCCAGGAAACAUUUUUUGGAUGGGUUGUUGCUGGACCAAUCAAUGGUCGCUCGUCAUGUAUGCAACCACAACAUUGCAACACGGUUUCAAUCGCAACGGAAAGUCGACUGGACGAGCUGGUUCAACGGUUUUGGUCUCUUGAGGAAGUACCAAUGGCUGCUAAGUUGUCACCUGAGGAGGAAUUGUGUGAGCAGCAUUAUGCUCAGACUACAACAAGAGAUUCAUCUGGAAAGUAUGUGGUCAGACUCCCGUUUCGUGAAAACGUAAGCAAGCUUGGUGAAACGAGACAACAUGCGCUACAUCGAUUCCAGCAGUUAGAAAAGCGGUUGAACAGUAACGAAAGAUUGAAAGGCGAAUACGAUUGUUUCAUCGACGAGUACAUUGGACUCAAUCAUUGCCGAGAGAUAUUUGAACCAGAGGCAAGCAGUAAACCAAACUGCUUCUUGCCGCACCAUGCGGUUUUCAAGCCGACGUCAUCAUCAACGAAGUUACGCACAGUGUUUGAUGCGUCAGCGAAAUCUUCUUCGGGACUCUCACUGAACGACGUGUUGAUGACAGGUCCGAUCGUUCAGGAUUCGCUAUUAGACAUCACGAUGCGAUUCCGGAUUCACCAGUACGUGUUUACUUGUGAUAUCCCUAAGAUGUACAGGCAAAUUACAAUGUCAGCAGAUGAUACUAAAUUUUUGCGGGUUUUUAUCGUCAGCAAUCAACAGAGCCGGUUCGCACAUUUGAAUUGA